AUAGAGAAAGAAAAGUCAAACAACAUACAAAAUAGAGACAUGCCAUGUCAUUUUUUUUUGCCAAAAAACUAUUUUAUUUUUCACUUUAAAGGCAUUUAAUUAUCAAUAAAUUACAUAAAAAACCAGUGUUAAACAAUUAAAAAAUGCCAUCGAAAAAGAAAAAAUACAAUGCCCGAUUUCCGGCGGGACGAAUAAAGAAAAUAAUGCAAAGCGACGAGGAAAUAGGAAAAGUAGCGCAAGCAGUUCCAGUUAUUAUCUCUAGAACAUUGGAGCUCUUUGUAGAAUCAUUGCUAACAAAGACAUUGAAAAUCACCAAUUCACGCAAUGCCAAAACUCUAUCACCCUCCCAUAUGAAACAAUGCAUCAUGGCCGAGAACCGUUUUGAUUUUCUGCGUGAACUUGUUAAAAAUAUCCCAGACAUAAGUGUAGCCGAAGAAGCAGUUAGCAACGACAGUUCACCAGAAGCAACAACAAUUGAUCCAUCAGAUAUGCCCUAUGAUUUAAGUAUGCCAUCCACAAGCAACAUAAACAACAACAACAAUAGCAAUACUGAGACAUCAUUUCAAAAAUUAAAUCCAACAAAUGGAGGAGGAGGAGCUUUAUCUUUAGUACGAAAUAAUGGUGUUACCAGAAGUUGUGGCACAACUGUCAUAUCCAAUACAUUUAAAUCACAUCAACAACCUACAUUAAAUAAUGCUCUUAAUCUUGGAGUUUCUGAAGAGAACCGGGAUAAGUUAAAACGCCAGUGGGAUGUUAUUGGACGUAGUAUUAGUCAAAUACAACAAGACACAACACAACAUGCAAGCACACCACCAAAACUCCUUCGAACAGAUUCAGCUCCAGCUGGAAUAGCAAGAACUCAACACCCUUCAACAACAAUAACAUCCGCAAGAGCCCAACAGAAAAAUCAACAACAUCACGAACAACCAAAUCAACAAACACUACCAACAGAUCUCCGCCGUCUAAGACAUCAAGCUAAAUCUGUACCAGGAAAUCAUUGCACAGACAAAACAACAACAACACCAGUAGCAACAGCAGCAGAGUCUCAUACAAAUUUAAAUAAACCGCAGACACCAAAAACGGUCAUACCUGCACCAAUUGUCAGCAUUGACUUCUGCAACAAGCCAGUUAUUAAAAUAGAUUAUAGUAAUUUAGCUUUACAUACCAACAUUUCAGACGUCAACUAUUCAGAGUCACUAUCGUCGUCAUCGUCCUCACCGAUAGUGGUGGAACAACCUAAUAAGAGUUUUAUUGAUAAGGCAGUAGUCAAGAUUCAAACACCGACCAUUACAACAACACCAGAAAGUCCAGUCAUAAAUAUAGACCUAUCAAAUAUUGUAACAAGUGGAACGUUCACAACGUCAUCGCUUCAUCCCAGUGUUUUAAGCCCGGUUUCAUUACCAACAGCGUCCCCAGUUGCAUCAUCAGCAGUCACAACUAAUAAAAACUCAUAUUUAGAAUUGGACGAAGAUUAUGACAAUAUCUAAAAAUAAACCCAAAUGAGAUAUGGAUAAUAAAAUUUAACAAAAACGAAAAAAAAAAAAAAAUAAAACUUAAAAUGAUGCAUGAUCAUUUUUUUUUUCUUAGACAUAACUAAAUUAUGUAAUUGUAAUUAAAAAAGUAAGACAAAAAAAAAAAAAAACAGCCUUGUAAAAAUAUUUGAUGAAACAAUGAGUCUUUGAUGUAAUAA